AUGCAGUCUAGACGAGACUUCCGACUGAAUCCCCUCGAUUUACUCCAAGAUGAUAAUUCCGACGAUUUUGAUGAUGGCUUUCUCGACGGAAUCGACUGGAGCAACCCUCAGAGCCUCUUCAAAGCCAUAGGGGCCCCAUUGCCAAAAACACCCUCCCCUGUAGAGGUCCGAGGACAAGCCCAGGGGAAGUCUCGCGACAUCUUCGCUGCUUAUGACACUCUUAGCAAGAUACUCCAGCGGCACGAGGCCACGAUACAGAAAAGAUGGUACAAAAAAACAAGACAGCAGAGACUGCAAAUUCUCCUCAAGGCCUGGCCAGCAAUGCCAGCAUCCCAUCGUCCCGACUUUGAAGCAUUGCGAAAAGAGAGUAAGGAGCAAAGGGAAAGAGCAACAAGAUACAGGGACCACUUUCUUUGGCCAAACAUCAACCAAGAAGACCUCUCUCAACCAAAAAUGAUGCCGCUACUGCUCAAUUCUCGUGGCCGUCAUCCUCCCCCGGCGUUCGCUGCGGCUGACAGCGAGUCUGUCCAUCUCGGUCUUGUGUCCAAAGCGUUGGUUCCCAUCUUUCUCAACGAGCAUACCAUGGUACUUCACGGGGCUACUACCGCAGAUGGGUAUGGGAAACUCAUCGCGUGGGAUGAUCAUGAAGAUGCUUCUGAGUGGUUGACUACGCGAAAGCAGUUCCUCCCCGGGGAGGGCCUUUUAGUUCUUGAGGUACAAGCUCGUAUUAUGAAACUACUAGUUGACUGCUGUCACCAAAUUCUCCACGAGAUCUCCGCAGCCGACAUGAUUGGUGACGCAUAUGCUAUUCAACCGGAACCCCCACUCAAGACGGACAACGACGCGUCUGGUUUCGCAUCCCUGGCGGUCAUGGCUGCGGAAGCACCUUUUAGACUUCCAGAAAGGCUUGAUCUAGCAAGACUCGAGUUUCUGCUCGAGGCCAAGAUGUUGGCAGUAGAGGAUCACGCCUGGGCACUUCGCGAAGAUCCGGCGUACUUUGCCCACGAGUUCCUCGAGGUCAGGGACCAUCGACAGGAAAUGCUCAAAGAUACUCAGGGAUGCGUACACCCCGUCACUAACAGACUGCGGGAACAUCGUCUCUGGGCUCGGAUCACCUCGACGAUUCUCAUUGAUUCCUACAUAUCCCUCGAGACGUUCACCGAGCUCCAUCGACAAGCUCAGCAGCUGCGCAUCCUACAGACCAAGUAUGCCGGGGAAAUAUCACCCCAAAACGACUUGUCAGAAGAAUACAUGACCGCUUUGCUUCGCUUCAGGUACUUUCUUGAAAAGACCGCCAAGAGCCCUUUGGAAAGGCUCAAGACGGCGGUCGCCGCAUCGCCACCAAUGCACAAAUUCUUUGCUCGUGUGCCUCCAACCGACGUUGAUUCGACCAAGUUGCAGAUUGUGCAGAAAGCCGGAGUCAAGAUAACUGAGCCAGAAGGGCAUCUGAUCUGGCUCCUACAGACUUUGUGGGAUGAUGGUUACAACCUCUUCCUAGUAGGCCUCCCUCGCGUCAUGGAUGAGCUCGAACGUCUGAUGCAGUCAAGCCCCGAGGCGGAUAGGUUGAUAUCGGAACACGUCCUCAAGAUUCUCGGCGAUUUGUCCAUUAUGGCUCAGUGUUGCAGGCAACUCGAGCUCUACCAGCCCUGGGCCCAGACCUUUGAGAUGGCAUCUGCAAAUCAUGUGGAGACUUUCAAAGCUGAGCAUAUGCAGUGGGGGAAGCCCUAUGCACAGAUUGUUGACGCCGUCAAGGAGCAGAACAUGAUCAGCGCUGGAAGACUCGCCGAACCUUCAGGAGGCAAGUUUGCCUACCCAUCUCACAAGCGACGGACGAGAGAGACGGUGGAAGCCUUGCGGAAAGCAGAGGGCAACCUGGAUGCUGUUUGGGCAAAGAUCGACGAGAACUUGAGGUACAAAGUACCGGAGAUCGGACAGUCUGCCGUGUAUCGCUUUCUUUCUACACGCAUGCUGCGGAGAACUGCUGAAUGGGUUGAACCGGCGACACCGACAGCAGAUAUCAAGAUUAUGGACCCCAAUCUCGAUACCCUAAACCGACCGCUUUCGAACCUGUUUUUAGGCUCCUCCGACGAUCAACGCCAAGCGCUCAAGGCCCAGCCAAAGGCCAAGACCAAGACCAAAGGCGUACCAUCCGCUGCAUCUGCGGCACUCGCAGCACCCGAUGUUUCUGAGACUGAGAACUUUGACCCACAGCCAACAUUCCAUGUCGAUGCUCGCACUCUCAAAGUAUUCCGCACAAUCUUCUUCAACCCCGACGUGACGUCGACACCCGGUUCGGUUCCCUGGAACGACUUUUUGCACGCCAUGGUGUCUACAGGCUUCCGAGCAGAGAAGCAAUAUGGCUCUGUCUGGCAGUUUUCGCCCACAAGCCUGGAUGUGGAGAGGAGCAUUCAUUUCCACGAACCCCAUCCCAAGGGCAAAGUUCCGUUUGAAGUGGCUAGACACCAUGGAAGACGGCUGACAAGAGCGUACGGCUGGAAUGGAGACAUGUUUGUCUUGAAGGACAAGUGA